AUGGCUUCUGGCAGCAGCAAGGAGGUUGACAAGGGCAAAGACAAAGCAACCCCUACAGCUUCAAAACGUCGAAGUAUGCGGACACUUCAAACCAGAUUUGCUAGUACGCGCAAAAACAAAGGUGAAGGCUCCAAACCCGAGGUGAUUGUAACGAUUGAUGACGAUGAUGAUGGCAGUGACAAAAGUGGUGCCGUAGAGACUGAGGUUAGCAUCCACAGGGAAGAUAACACUCACAGUACAGGUGACGUGGAUGAGAACCUUGAUAAAGACCAAUACUAUAGCCAUGAUGAAGACACAUAUCUGGAUUUUGACACUCACUUGGAGGAGCUAGAUGCCUCAGAUAUACUUCUCGAAUUGGCUAGUGACCGUGAGCAGCGUGUUGACAUUGCAUUGGUUGUGCCCACUGCAGGUGACUCAUCGGAGGCCGGCCUUGAAUUUCCUGCUACUGUUUUUGAUGUAGUCCUGGGUCUUCCAGCAGCGCAGCUUCCUGCUCCUCCUAUCCUGGGUACAUCUGACAUGGUUGUCAACACCUCUUCACCACUUCCAGCAGUACUUCCUCUUACUUCUCCUAUCCUGGGCACAUCCGACAUGGCUGUUGGCACCUCUCCACCACUUCCAGCAGUACUUCCUCUUGCUCCUCUUAUCCCGGGCACAUCUGACAUGGUUGCCGGCACCUCUCCACAGCUUCCGGCAAUGCUGCCUUAUGCUGGAACUUUUGACGACAGCCACAAGGAUGGUGAUGCUUUUAUCGCAAGCACCCCCGGGGGGCAUUUAUUCGAGAAAAGCAUAUCUAUUGACGAGCUUCUUCCGCUGUGCCAUCGAUUCAAUGGCUAUGUAACAUUCCAAGGUGCUCUCGUAUACUCAGAGACGGUUGAGGCCUUGAAAAAGUUUAUGGAAAAAUACAGGGGUUUGAUGGAAGCUACUAACGUCACUUCCUCUUUCUCAAGGUGUACUGCCUUCCGAGCCCUUGGCUUAGUGCUUCAGGGGAUAGACACCAUGCAGCUCCUUGAUAUUACGGAUCACAAACUACUCUGUUGGCGGGAUGCGAUAUGUGAGGCCAUAAUUCUGGGCUUCCAUGUGGAAUUUCUCCUCAAGCUUGUGAAGAACUUAGAACAUGCCGUCUUCGGAGCACAGGCCAUUCAUAGCAUGCAAUCAUCACAUGAUUCUGAUGAAGUAAAAGCUGCUGUAGAUGCCUUGAGUAUUAAACAACAGGAAUUGGAGAACCAACGCCGGGAGAUGCAUGCCCUCCUUCUCGCUAAAGGUAUUUCUGUUGACAGCGCUGAGUGUGUGACGGAGGCAGCAUCCAGAUUAUCUCCUAGGGCUUCCUUCGUUCUUUUCGGACGUUCUCCAUAG